CAGCUUCCCCCGUCAACACGGGCACCCUCACCCAAACCGGCUGCAACACUCUCCUAAACUGGUAGCACCCCACCUCCCUCUCCCCCAAAUCAACCAUAUUUGCACCCUCCUAUCUCCCAAUCCCAGCCUCCUCAGAAUACCUCCACCGCAAUGUCAACACUUGAAGACCUCGAUGAUCUCGAGCGUGAGCAGAAGGAAGAUAAGAAGGAUGAGAAGAAAAAGAGUGGCGAUGGCGAUGGGAAAGACGGCAAGAAGUCCGACGGAGAUGCGGAAAUGAAAGACGCAGAGCCUGAGGAGGAUGAGGAGGAGGAGGAGGUCCUCGACGAGGAGAUUCUUAAUCUGAGCACGCGAGACAUCAGCGCACGGCGGCGGCUGCUUGAGAAUGACAUGCGGAUCAUGAAGAGCGAGUUCCAGCGGUUAACGCACGAGAAAGCAUCCAUGAACGAGAAAAUCAAGGACAACAUGGACAAGAUCGAGAACAACAGGCAACUCCCAUAUCUCGUUGGCAACGUCGUCGAGAUACUAGAUCUUGAUGUGACGGCGGAGGCGGUUGAAGAAGGAGCAAAUAUUGACCUUGACGCCACCAGGGUCGGCAAAUCCGCCGUCAUCAAAACCUCGACGCGACAGACCAUCUUCCUCCCUCUCAUUGGUCUCGUAGAUCACGAGAAACUCAAGCCGGGCGACCUCAUCGGAGUAAACAAGGACUCCUACCUUGUUCUCGACACACUGCCAGCCGAGUAUGACAGCAGAGUCAAGGCUAUGGAGGUCGACGAGAAGCCUACGGAGAAGUACACAGAUGUUGGUGGCUUGGACAAACAGAUUGAAGAGCUUGUAGAAGCUGUGGUAUGGCCUAUGAAGGAGGCUGAGCGCUUCAAAAAGAUUGGCAUCAAGGCCCCGAAAGGUGCUUUGAUGUACGGCCCUCCUGGUACAGGUAAAACACUUCUUGCCCGAGCGUGUGCAGCCCAAACCGACGCUACUUUCCUCAAACUCGCUGGUCCUCAGCUCGUUCAGAUGUUUAUCGGAGACGGUGCAAAACUUGUGCGAGACUGUUUCGCCCUAGCUAAGGAGAAGGCACCAUCGAUUAUCUUCAUCGACGAGCUGGAUGCCGUUGGCACCAAGCGUUUCGAUUCUGAGAAGUCUGGUGACAGAGAAGUACAGCGAACCAUGUUGGAACUGCUCAAUCAACUCGAUGGGUUUGCUUCCGAUGACCGUGUCAAGGUUCUUGCUGCCACAAAUCGCGUUGAUGUUCUAGAUCCUGCUCUGCUUCGAUCAGGUCGUCUGGACAGGAAGAUCGAGUUCCCACUACCAAACGAAGAGGCCCGAGCACAGAUCCUUCGGAUUCACUCGAGGAAAAUGACCGUUGAUGAUGGAGUGAACUGGCCGGAGUUGGCACGUAGUACUGACGAGUUUGGCGGGGCACAACUGAAAGCUGUGUGUGUCGAGGCAGGAAUGAUUGCUCUCCGGUUAGGCCAGCAGAAAAUCAGUCACGAGCACUACGUCGAUGCCAUUGCAGAAGUUCAGGCCAAGAAGAAAGAUACAGUCAAUUUCUACGCGUAGUGGAGUCGUCAUGGCAGGCUUUGGUUGCAUCCAUGCGCUGCUUACCGCUGCGCUGUACUCAUAAUCAAUAGACAGUAGCAAACAUG